UCAGUUAUCGCUCGUUCACUGGACAGCUCGGUCGUGUUUGGUGAGGUCGGUGCGCGGCGUGCUCUCUAUUUCUCUCUCUUUGCCUCUCUAUCUCUCUAACUCUCUUUGAACCCUUACCAAUGUUGUUGUAUUUCUGUGCCGCGUAUUCACUCUCUCAUACUCUCUGUCGGUCGUUGGCUUUGCUUGAAGCUCGGGCUUAAAGUUUCGUGUGCUUAAUACGCCAUCUUAUAUAACAUCUGAAUUAGAUGUUACAAUGUGCUAAAAAUCGAAACAAUUCGUAUUAAAAUCUGUGGGCAUUGAUUUGUAACUUUCAUCGCUUGCGAAGUUAACCAAUUGCCACUGAUCCAUGGCCUGUCGUUCGGAUAUUGAUUUGGCCACUCUGCACCAGAAUCGCCUGGAAGAGCGUUGGCACUAUGGACUCGCUUGGUGCGGUGCCCAUGGGAGCAGUCAGCAGCAACAGUUGACCCACUACAACGAACUGCUGAUCCGCCAGAGCGGCAACCAGCAUCGUCAGCGCGUGUCCAAAAGCGGCAGCUAUUACAAGGUAUACGAUGCCAAUAAUACAAGUGCGGCAGCCAGCAGGGUUAAGGAAAACGCAGCCAAAGACCAUCAAAAUAAAACUCUGGACAGAUUGGAUGAUGAUAGCAGCUAUUUUACGAGCACCACGCGUCGCCGACGCUCCGGCACUUGGCCGCGAACUCGCAGCCUGAACGCACCUUCGCCAUUCCAGCAGUUUGGACCAUGCGGUCGCAUUAUGAAGAACUCCGCUAUGGUAAUGCAAAUACAAGAUCCCGCCAGUCAGCGGCUGACCUGGUACAAGCCACCACUCACUGUCCUCGUGAUUAAGAAGAAAGACUCCCAAGUGCUGCUGCCGUUCGUGCAGCUAGUCGAAUGGCUGGUGCAGGAGAAAAAUAUGGUGGUCUGGGUAGAGUCUGCUGUGCUGGAGGACAAGUUGCUGCGCGACGAUGUCAAACUGGACCAAGAGAGUGCUAAAUUUCGACAGGUUCAUGAGUAUUACAGUGGAGUGCGUUCACGUUUUCUGGCACUGCGAGAAAAAUUGGUAACCUUUAAAGAUGGGCGCGACGAUCUCACCGAUCGAAUUGAUUUUAUCGUCUGCCUUGGAGGCGAUGGAACGCUCCUGUAUGCUUCACAGCUGUUUCAACAAUCGGUGCCACCAGUUAUGGCAUUCUAUCUCGGCUCGCUGGGUUUUCUGACUCCCUUUCAGUGUGAUAACUUUCAGGAUCAAGUGACCAAUGUGCUGGAAGGUCAUGCUGCGCUUACGUUACGCAGUCGACUGCGUUGUUCAAUUCAUCGCAAGGGCGAACGGCACAGGGAUUCUCUGCAGCAAGUAAGCAAUAAUCUGCUGAAGCCUAGUCUGCGACUGCACAAUUACAGUGCAGUGGGUGACCCGACAUUCAGCAACAACAACUGCAGUUCAUAUUCAGGACAGUCGUCUGCCAACAACAGUAUUCUUGUAUUGAACGAGGUGGUCAUUAAUCGGGGACCGUCGCCUUAUUUGAGCAACAUUGAUAUAUUCUUAGAUGGAAAAUACAUUACAUCCGUGCAGGGCGAUGGAUUGAUUGUGUCAACGCCAACGGGCAGUACAGCUUAUGCGGCAGCCGCUGGCGCCUCUAUGAUACAUCCAUCUGUGCCAGCCAUAUUGGUGACACCCAUUUGUCCCCAUUCACUAAGUUUUAGGCCAAUUGUUGUGCCAGCUGGUGUUGAACUGAAGAUAUCAAUAUCUCCGGACAGCAGGAACACAUCUCGCGUAUCUUUUGAUGGACGAAAUGAUCAGGAGUUGAAUCAUGGUGAUAGCCUGCGAGUGACAACUUCUAUAUACCCGGUCCCAAGCAUUUGCGCACAGGAUCAAAUAUCCGAUUGGUUCGACUCACUGGCGGAGGGUCUGCAUUGGAAUGUGCGUAAACGUCAAAAGUGUCUUGACGAACUUUCGGAUUUGACAGCGUCCGGUUCGGAGGACACGCUCGAUGAGUUUGACAAUCUUAAAAUCCAAGAUUCGUAGUGCUCCAACCGCAAUCCAGCUGUUUGCAAUUCUUUAAGUGCCCAAAUGUAGUGGUUUAGUAUAUAGAGUUUGAUCGUGUACAAUUUGUAAACAUUUAAAGUUUCUAGCUAGAAAAAUACUCCGUUCUAUUGUACAAAAUAUAUUUGGUUGAGUUUAACGUUAUUUUUUUCUAUUUUAAACUAGGCAAAUUAUUAUUUCUUGAGAACAAAUCAGUUUAAGUGUAGGUCUUAAGAUCAAAUUCACGCAAAGUGCUGCGAAAAUGUUAAAACUGUGUGUGUAUAUUUUGUACUAGUAAUAAAUUAUUUUAUUUACUAAAACCAAAUUCACCUAACUUUCAUCUCUAAUUGAAGAAUGUUAUAUUGAAAUUUAUAAUCUCAUUAAGUUAGCACAUACUAAAUCCCUCGCUCUAAAACUCGUGGAGUGUAUCUAUGUCCAUUAAUUGGUGUAAAAUUUAGAAAUAAAGAUACAAUCAAGCAAA